ACAGUGGCCGAGGCUGGGCCCGCCCCGGGCGUCUGGGCCCUGCAGGACUGUGCACAGGCAGAGCAGAGUGUCCUGGGACUGCUGUCCCAGAGCGCCAGGGCCUUGCAGUCCUGGAGGCCGGUCUGGUGUCCAGUAUGUGUAGGGCCAUGCUCCCUGCAGAGUCCACCUGGUGUCCCUUGGCUUUGGCCACUCGUCCCCAGCCUCUGUUGUCACUCAGCCACCUCCUCCAUGCUCUGCUGUCUGUGUCCCCCUGUCUCAUGAGGACACCUGUCCUCACACGAGGGCCCACCCUGAUUGAUGUGACCUCAUCCUCAUCAGUCACUCUGUACAGACCCAUUUCCAAAUGAGGCACAGGCCCCACGGGUCAGGAUCAAAGGUGUCAUUUUGGGAGACACAGUCCCCACUCCACAGGAAGCCAGAGGCUCUUCCCAGACAUCCUUCUCUGACCCACGGCUUCCCAACUCGAGGGACAGAGCAGUCCCCUGCUCAGUCUGCUGCUGUGACUUGGAAGCUCACCCACUGCAGGGCUCUUCCAAGGGCCCAGCCAGGGCCACCAUGCCCUUCCAGGGCUCAGUGAGGCAAGAGGUGAGGAGGAGGCCCAGGACCUGGCAGGGGUGGGGUGGCCCCGGCCUGUGUCCACAUGGUCUAAGGAUCAGUCUGUCCCACGGCAUGGACACAGCCAGACGGGCACAGCCCACCCAACCAGGUGCCACUGAACAGGUCCUCUGCCUGUCCCUGACACUCAGUCAUCGUGCCUCCCUCCUCAACGUCCACUCCAGGCCCAGUGUCCCCUGGCACCGGCCACCUCUCCUCCCAGCUUCAGUCUGCACCCCUGCAGCCCCUUGUCGCCAUGCUCACCUGCCCCAGGGCCCCUUUCCUAGUGCUGCACUGCUCUGGUGCCAGGUGGCUCCGUUCCUGGUGUGGAACCAGUGGGCCCCAAGGCAGCUGUGGCCCUGUUCUUAACACUGCGCCAAGCCCUGGGCACAGAUGUUCUCUGGUCCACACCGCCACACCUUCCUCAGGAAGUCAGGGGCAGUUUGGAGGCUGAGAGUGAGCAGAGAGGCUGGGGUGGAGUGGGUGAUGGUCCCCAGGCAGGAGACCCCCUCCAGCUGCCCCUGGAAAAUGAAUCCCCGUAGCCUGAGUGCCCGUCCCCUAAGUACCCACUCAUUCUGGCCCUCACCUCCUCUACUGCACAGCAAGUUUCUGGAGACAGGAGUGGGGGCUGGGGUCAGAGUUCAGGUGGUCUGUGGGUGUCUCACAGCAUUCAUGCUGGUCAGCCUGAUUUUAGUCUGCACUAUACUUUGUCUUUUUAUUUUAGUUUCCUACUAACCCUUUUAAAAAUGAGACUCCAUAUAACUGCUGGAUGUAUUGGCAACGCCUGUGAUCCCAGCCACUCAGGAGGCUGAGGCAGGAGGAUCUCAAGUUCGAGGCCAGCCUGAGCAACUUAGCAAGGCCCUUAGUGAGACCCUGUUGUAAAAUAAAAAAACAAAAAGGGCUGGUGGUGUAGCUCAGUGGUAAAGUGCCCCUGGAGUACUGGGGGCAAAAAUUCACAUGAAGUUCGUCCUUUUAAAGUACGAUCACGGAGUUUUGCAGUCACCGUGUCUAUCUAAUUCCACACAUUCCGCCAACCCAGAAGGAAGCCCUGUUUCCACGAGCAGUUCCCCAUCCCCACCCAGCCCAGGACCCACAGGUCCACGUCCCGACUCUGGACUCCUGUCCUGGGUGUCUCCUGUCACUGGGUCACAUGCAUGAGGUCCUCAGGUCCAUGUAAGCCGUCACUUGGCUCCUGCCUGGCUGAGGCCGCCCCGGAUGGCUGGGCUGGGCUGUUGGCAUGUGUGGUCAGGUGGGCUGCUGUGCCUUGGACACUGGGCGUCCAGCCUGUGUGCGACCUGCCUCCCUCCUCCCAGGCUCCCUCCCGGGGUUCAGCUGCAGGUGCACGUCGCUUUGUUGGGCUGGGUGUGGGCGGGUGGCCCCCAGUGGCUGGCUGCCCACACCCUGCCAGCCACGCGUGGCGUGGGUCCUUCUGCCAGCUGCUGGCCCUGGCUGUCAUGCACUGUCUAGAUCUAGGCACCCUGGGGCUGUGAGGUGGGGGCGCUCUUGCCCCAGCUGGUCUGCCGGCAUGGCCGAGGGGUGGUGACCUUGGUCUACGCUGUCUGUUGCUGGGCAUUGAAGGGUCUCAGAGUCUAGAACUGACAGCCCUUUGGGGGCCCUUGUGGGUGCUGCCUCUGGGGCCUCCUGGUUCCCCUUGGAGCCCUGGGAGUGGCCCCACCACCUGGACUCCGUAGGCAUCUGGGGGCACUGCUUCCCCAUGGGCCCCUCACCUUACAAGGAGGGGACAGUCUGGCCACAGGCACGUGGGACUGCAUCUGCUCCAGCUACUGAAAUCCACAGUGGAGGCACGCUUGCUCUGUCCCUCUGGCCCUGGGUCUUCAGCACCCAACUCUGGGUGUCAUCAGGAAUGCCCACGCAGGACUCCAUCCAGGUGCCACCUUACAGUCUGGACCAGGUCCCUGGCCGGGCAGGCAGAAGGAUAUUCCUCUGUUCAGAGCUCUGCUUGCCGAAUGGCCAAUCCAGCGUGUUCUCCUUCAGAUUAGCUCUCCACCAAGCUGAGGCCCUACUCUCAGCCACCACUGUUCCUGCAGGCUGUGCUGGGCACUGGGUGCAGGCCAGGCUUGUGCCCACCCCCAGCUGUCAGUCGCAGCAGCCCUGUGUCCUGUCCUGCCUGUGGCCUCUAGUAUGCCCCUCCAGGAACUGCUUUCCAAGAGGGGAGCACAUAUCAGCAGCAGAUGGAGGGGAGCUCCCCGUGUGGGCAGGGGGGUGUGGGGAGCACAGGGGCUGGACCUCCAUUCCCAGAAACCUUGCCUCCCAGCAACUGUUGUGAGGACCCCGGAGCAGCAUCUGGCCCUGGCCAGGCCCAGGGAGCAGGCAGAACAGAACCUGGCACCUUAGCAACCUGGGGAAACUGAGAUCUGUGCCCCCUCGCGUUUGCCCCCACCCCAGUGCCCCAGAGGAGCCUGGUGAGGCUGGCAGGGCGCACCCAGACCAGGCAGCCCUGCGUUGUUGACAGCCCGUCUGUGGCUGGAUUACGCCCCGUACAGUAAUUCUCCUCGCUCUGCCAGUAAUUGCCCUGACUUACCAGGCAGGCAUCAUUUCCUGAAAGUCAGCCGGCCUUAGAGGAAGUAGGCGCGAGGCCGUGACUAACCCAACAUGCAAAUGCAGCCGGCCUGAGACAGCGCAGUCCUCCCUCCGCCCCCGUCCGCCUGGGACGGACCGGUGCCGGGCUGCCUCCAUGGUCAUGAGGGAGACUCUUAGGCGGCUCCUCCAGGGGACCUGUCCAGCGGCCGGCACAGCCACGCUUCCCAGCCAUGUCCCAGCUGCGCUUCUGCCUACAGUUUGCAGCUCUCCACGAGGACGCCUCGUACCUCGAGGACCUCUCCAACGCCUCCAUCUUCUCUUCGUCCAUCGACUCCCUGUCAGACAUCGCAGACACCCCCGACUUCCUGCCAGCAGACAGGCUCAGCCAGGUGCCCACCAUCUGGGAUGUGAACACCACCGCGUCCACCCACGACAAGGUGGCAGGAGCCAUUCAGGAGGCCCCAGCUGACACCCUGUCUACCCUCCAGCUGUUCCUGCACAGUGGGCCCUUUUCAGGCCUCGAGGACCCCGUGACCUCCCUCCCUAGCACUCCGCUUCUCGUCAGCUACCAGUCACAGAGCCAGCCCGAGGAGGAGGACGAGGGGGACGAAGAAGAGGAGGAGGCUGAAGAGCUGGGUCAUGCAGAGACCUACGCAGACUAUGUGCCGUCCAAAUCCAAGCUCGGCAAGCAGCACCCAGACCGUGUGGUGGAGACCAGCACACUAUCUAGUGUCCCUCCACCUGACAUCACCUACACCCUGGCACUGCCCACCGCAGACAGCGGGGCCCUGUCUGCCCUGCAGCUGGAGGCCAUCACCUAUGCCUGCCAGCAACACGAGGUCCUGCUGCCCAGCGGGCAACGCGCGGGAUUCCUAAUUGGAGACGGGGCUGGCGUGGGCAAGGGCCGGACAGUGGCUGGUAUCAUCGUAGAGAACUACCUGCGUGGCAGGAAGAAGGCCCUAUGGUUCAGUGUCUCCAACGACCUCAAGUAUGAUGCAGAGCGGGACCUACGGGACAUUGAGGCUCCGGGCAUCGCCGUGCACGCGCUGAGCAAGAUCAAGUACGGCGACAACACUACCUCAGAGGGCGUCCUCUUCGCCACCUAUUCCGCCCUGAUCGGGGAGAGCCAGGCUGGUGGGCAGCACCGCACGCGUCUGCGGCAGAUUCUCCAGUGGUGCGGGGAGGCCUUUGAGGGCGUGAUUGUGUUUGACGAGUGCCACAAGGCCAAGAACGCCAGCUCCACCAAGAUGGGCAAGGCCGUGCUGGACCUGCAGAACAAGCUGCCCCUGGCCAGAGUGGUCUACGCCAGCGCCACAGGUGCCUCUGAGCCGCGAAACAUGAUCUACAUGAGCCGCCUGGGCAUUUGGGGUGAAGGCACGCCCUUCCGGACCUUUGAGGAAUUCCUGCACGCCAUUGAGAAGAGGGGUGUAGGUGCCAUGGAGAUCGUAGCCAUGGACAUGAAGGUCAGCGGCAUGUACAUCGCACGCCAGCUCAGCUUCUCUGGAGUCACCUUCCGCAUCGAGGAGAUCCCCCUGCCCCCAGCUUUUGAGCAUGUCUACAACCGUGCAGCCCUGUUGUGGGCUGAGGCCCUGGGCGUGUUCCAGCAGGCAGCCGACUGGGUGGGCCUAGAGUCGCGCAAGUCCCUGUGGGGCCAGUUCUGGUCGGCCCACCAGCGCUUCUUCAAGUAUCUGUGUGUCGCUGCCAAGGUGCGCCGGCUGGUGGAGCUGGCCCGCGAAGAGCUGGCCCGAGACAAGUGUGUGGUCAUCGGACUACAGUCAACAGGCGAGGCGCGGACCCGUGAGGUGCUGGACGAGAACGAGGGGCACUUGGACUGCUUUGUGUCCGCUGCUGAAGGUGUCUUCCUGUCGCUCAUCCAGAAGCACUUCCCCUCCACCAGGAGGAAGCGGGACAGAGGCGCUGGCAAGAGGAGACGGCGGCCGCGGGGCCGUGGGACCAAGGUCCCCAGGCUGGCGCUGGAGGGGGCUGGUGUGAUCCACAUCAGUGAUGACAGCAGCACCGAGUCAGACGCUGGCCUGGACAGUGACUUCCACUCCUCCCCGGAGUCCCUGGUGGACGACGAUGUGGUCAUUGUGGACACCACAGGGCUCCCCACAGAUGACCGAGGCCCUGUGUGCUCCCUGCAGAGGGACCUGCAUGGUCCCGGUGUCCUGGAACGGGUGGAGCGGCUGAAGCAGGACCUCCUGGCCAAGGUGCGAGCGCUGGGCCGGGAGCUGCCGGUCAACACCCUGGACGAGCUCAUCGACCAGCUUGGGGGUCCUGAGCGAGUGGCAGAGAUGACCGGCAGGAAAGGCCGGGUGGUGUCCAGGCCCGACGGGACGGUGGCCUUCGAGUCGCGGGCAGAGCAGGGCCUGUCCAUCGACCACGUGAACCUCAGGGAGAAGCAGCGCUUCAUGAGUGGAGAGAAGCUUGUGGCCAUCAUCUCUGAGGCUUCCAGCUCUGGCGUCUCGCUCCAAGCAGACCGCAGGGUCAGGAACCAACGGCGGCGUGUACACAUGACUCUGGAGCUGCCCUGGAGUGCUGACCGUGCCAUCCAGCAGUUUGGCCGCACCCACCGGUCCAACCAGGUCUCAGCGCCCGAGUAUGUGUUCCUCAUCUCCGAGCUGGCCGGGGAACGCCGGUUCGCCUCCAUUGUGGCCAAGCGGCUGGAGAGCCUGGGCGCCCUGACCCACGGAGACCGCCGUGCCACUGAGUCCCGGGACCUGAGCAAAUACAACUUUGAGAACAAGUAUGGUGCCCGGGCCCUCAGCCGAGUCCUCAGCACCAUCCUGAGCCAGACAGAAAGCAAGGUGCCCCUGCCCCGCGGCUACCCUGGAGGGGAUGCGGCCUUCUUCCGGGACAUGAAGCAAGGCCUGCUGUCAGUCGGCAUUGGCGGGCGGGAGUCUCGGUCCGGCUGCCUGGACGUGGAGAAGGACUGCUCCAUCACCAAGUUCCUCAACCGCAUCCUGGGGCUGGAGGUCCACAAGCAGAACGCACUGUUCCAGUACUUCUCAGACACCUUUGACCACCUCAUCGAGAUGGACAAGAAGGAGGGCAGAUACGACAUGGGCAUCCUGGACCUGGCUCCCGGCAUUGACGAGAUCUACGAGGAAAGCCAGCAGGUGUUCCUGGCCCCCGGGCACCCGCAGGACGGGCAGGUGGUCUUCUAUAAGAUCAGCGUGGACCGUGGCCUGAAGUGGGAGGAGGCGUUCGCCAAGUCGCUGGAGCUGACAGGCCCCUAUGAUGGCUUCUACCUCUCCUACAAGGUUCGGGGCAACAAGCCUAGCUGCCUCCUGGCAGAACAGAACCGUGGCAAGCAGUUCACCGUGUACAAGCCUAACAUCGGCCGGCAGAGCCAGCUGGAGACCCUGGACAGCCUGUGCCGCAAGUUCCGGCGGGUCACGGCAGAGGAGGCCCGGGAGCACUGGGAGAGCGGCUACGCCUUCUCGCUGACACAAUGCAGCCACACUGCAUGGAACCAGCACUGCCGGCUAGUGCAGGAGGGCAAGGACUGCACGCAGGGCCUGCGGCUGCGGCACCACUACAUGCUGUGCGGGGCCCUGCUCCGCGUGUGGGGCCGCAUUGCCGCCGUCAUGGCUGACGUCAGCAGCAGCAGCUACUUGCAGAUUGUGCGUCUCAAAACCAAGGAUAAGAAGAAGCAAGUGGGCAUCAAAAUACCUGAGAGCUGCGUGAGCCGCGUGCUGCAGGAGCUACAGCAGAUGGACGCAGAUGUCAAGCGCAGGAGUGCUUGCGGCCCGGGCCUUGCCAACCCCACACAGAACAUGCCGCGAGCGCUGGAGCUGCCCUAUGGCCCUGGCGAGGUGCUGGACCUCACCUACAGCCCACCAGCAGAAACCUUCCCACCACCUCUGCAUUUCGCCUUCCCUGCGCCACCCCCAGACCCUGGUGCGCUGCUGCUGGGCACCCGGGACUCUGUGACCGACCCCGCCACACUGGCACACCAGGGCUGCGAUAUCAACUUCAAGGAGGUGCUGGAGGACAUGCUGCGCUCCCUGAACGCUGGGCCUGCAGAGCCCUCGGGCCCGCUGGGUGCAGGUGCUGCAGGCCCAGAGCGGCAGAGUGUGAUCCAAUUCAGCCCGCCUUUUCCCAACUCCUAGACUGCUCCUGAACCAUGGCUGUCCAGCUGCUGCACUACAGCAGCUUCCCUGGGAGCCGGCAGGAGCCCCGGCGGACCCUGCGACCACUGGGGGCCCACCAGCACCCUGCAGUGCCUUCCCCACCGACUGGCACCCCCGUAGCGCCAGCACAGGCCCACUCAGGACUACCCGGGUGCAGGGCCCUCAGCCAGGCCCCACAGGACCACCCAGCCCAGGCCCUAAAGCUGCAAAGCUGGUGGUCCCAACUCAGGAAACCCCGGUGCUCAGGCCCCGCCACUGGGGGGCUCCGUGGGGCAGAUCCCCAUUAAUAUAUAUGCAAUCCUUUCCCCUCGCUCCCUAAAUUAUUGCCUGGCCACCUCUCCCUGGCCCCAGAUCUGCGGGCAGGUGGCCUCUAGUUUCUAAGUAUUUAUAAUUAAUUCUAGUGUAUAUAUGUAAAGAGAUCUUUUCUAAAUACAUGUGCCUUUUGCCUA